AGGAAGCGUGAAAACAAAGCCUACCUACUGAAUGUGGAGUCUAAACUAAUUCCUGUGUAUUGUCACAUGGAAGCUGCUGAGCUUGGAGCAUGCGGAGGAGGUGGAUGGACGCUCGUCAUGAAGACCGAUGGCAAAAAGGUAGCAGCAGCGAUGCAACAAUUUUUGCCCCCACAGGGAAUUCGCCCAGAAGGCGAAAUCCCGAGGAGGCACUCUUGUAACUCGCGCGUAUAUUAAGGAAAGUACUUACACUUGGAAUAUACAGUCAGUAUGCCUGAAAAAAUCUCGACUUGCUUCAACAGGGGCAGCGAGGAAUCGGUAGGUAAUGACGACGUUUCUAUUGUUUGCGCCCGCAAGUACGAAAUGGUUAGGAUGACGUAAAGACAGAAAAUCGCGAGGGGACCGGUUAGGUAGAUUUUGUGACAUUUAUUGUGCAGUCAUGCUUCGAUACUCUCUUGCGUUACGGGUUAUCAGUGACAUUCUGUGGAGCAGUUGUUUUGAAAGUUAUGGACCAAAAGACACUCGCAGAUGAAGUUCUAAGGUGCGUAUGACUGUGUAUCAGUAUAUGGAGAGUUUGCCAGACACGAGUUCACAAUUUUUUGAUUGGAAGACUCAGCCCCAAACAAGCAAGACGAGUGAACAACGGCUAGCUUAUCACUAGCAGAACGAUGGACGAUUACAGAAAUUCGCCGACAAUCAAAUUCUAUGCUGACUUAUUCCCUGCUCACAGAUGUCCUUCCGUUAUAAAGUUUAAAAUAAGACUAGAAUGCACGAGCGUGAAUUGUUCAAACGUCCUUUUAAUUUCUAAGGCUUACUUUCCGGCAAAUAAAAUGAACUGAAUGUAAAAAGUGAAAGAGAAAUAGCGGAAAAUUCAAUUUCUAAUUAAAUCUUUUCCUAUGGUUUAGAAUGAACUAUUCUCGAAACUGAGAAUGUUUUGAUCAAAGCUGUGUAAAUCGAACUGAAACUGUGCAUGGAACCUUGCGUUUCCUGUAUUUGUCUCACCUAUUGUAUUGAAUAUGUGUGAAAAUUUUCAUUAUGAAUCGGUAUAUUUCAAAGAGCUACACAACGAGCAAGAAUGCUAUUGACCGACAAUAUACAGAACAGGGGCAGCUGUAGUGUCAACUAUUACUAGUAGUAUUCAUUGAUAAUAUAUUGCCCGCGUUCAUGAUUGGCUCCAAUCCCUCGACUAAUUCUUCAUAACCAUCAGCCGUUUACCAUUUUUGGAAGAUGUAGGACUGAAUAUACAUGAUCGAUUCUAUGGUAUAUUGCCUAUUAUUAAAAACUGACUCAUUGGAUAAUGCAAUUCUAGUGCUCUGAUUGGCUUAGCCAUCAUGGUAUAUGAGCCAUUAUACCAUGCUCUACAAAUAUGGUAACUGUACGCGUCUGCUCAAAAUUAAAAACAAUUAAAAAUCGGUUGUUUUUACUAAUAAAGUUGGGAAGAAUUCUCGAUACUGUUUUGUGGGCUUUUUUGAUAAAACAAUUAUUCUACUCGCCCUUGUUGGAUAUGAGAUGAUUACAGCCAUCUCGGCGCUACGCGCCUCGUUGACUAAUCUAAAUGACCCAUCGAUCAACCUCGAGCAGUUUCCUUUAAACUAUUUUUUGCUAAAAUUGCGACCGAGAAUUGCUUGCAAAUCAGGUUUGGGACAGAUUGCAAUCCUGGACAUAAGUGAACAGCGGAGCUGGUUUUAGGAAAGUAACUAAACAGCUUUUAAACAAUUAGCUGAAAGGAAGCGAACAUACCGUCAGCUUUUGGCCGGGGGUACAGGUAUUGAAAUAUCAAAUUUGGAAAUUACCAAUCCAUACUGGACCGCACGGUAUGGGAGUCUGUUAUGUAAACCAUUCCGGCUUAUGUUUAAAAUUAGCUGUUAGGUAAAUUUUAAGCUUUGGUAUGAAUGGGGCAAAGGGCGUGAUUUCAGUCCAGUGCAAUCCUUGGGGCAAGUUUUUUUAAUAGCGCCCGAACAAACAUUUAUUUUCUGACAGGUUGAUAGUUUCAGAUGAAUUGUUAGUUUUACAAUGAAGGAGCAGAAUUUUUGUACAGAAAUUAAUUUUAUUUAAUUUUUAACCUUUUUGGCAUAUUUCCUACCAUAAUAAUGUUGCGCAAAAGUGGGUGAUCCGAGAUAGACCGUGAGGAGAAUUUUGUGUGCCCCUCGCAAAAAUGUUACCUUGUAGGUUUCUUACAAGAAUAGGGCUUUACUGACAAAUUAUGAGGCUAAUUUGGCUCGAUUUUGGGUGAGUUCCUUUUUAUUUGCGUUUUUAUGAACCGAGACCGAGUUGAGGUCCAUAAAAUCGCGAAAAAGAACCAGCCCCGUAUCCAUUCCUCUUGACCGAAGAUUUGGUAAAUCAAGGAUUUAUUACAUGGCCAAAAGGGAAAUUGUUUCUCGCACAGACCACAGGAUUCGCUUCAUCUUGACGGGUCGUAAAACAGCCAGUCAUAUAAUGUAGCCUCUUCACACUAGCUCACUAGUGCACCGAGUUGGCGGCCAUUGACCAUCAUCACAGCGAAAUGUUUAGAGGAAUCUCGCCAUGUCACGUCAUUUACCUGGCUGGGGUAUUUAUUACAUUAUUUUAAUUCUUACCAGGCGUUUGAUUGUCUUAGCCUAGAUAUUCUCAAAACUACUUGGGGAGGGGGAGGAGGUUGGAUGUAGUUGAACCCCAGGGCCCAGAAGGCCAAAUUGGGUAGUCUUACAAACUUUUGGAGCGGAAUGUGACUGCUGUGAUGUCACGUGAAAACAGUUUGUUAAUUGACGAUAUAUCAUUCUUUAUCUGUUUAGAAUACCUUUCACUACAAUUCAGAAUUGUGGACCAACAGGAAGGACCAUAAUCCCUCUGCGGGAAAGACCCUGCUUGAUGAUCAACAAACAAAAUUACCCACCUACUGGAGCACACCAUUCACUAAGAUCUGCCUCGCUAUGAAGAUCGGCUAUCAUGUUAAUUCGAUCGUCAUCAACAAACAAGCCAACUCCUUACACUCCCUGAUCGCUGACGGAAACUACCGUUCGACGUCACUGGGUCGUCACUCCUGGAAGAAGCUGAUUGGCCAACAGGCAUCGCUGCAGAGAAAUUGUAACCAGGAAGGGUUCAAUUCUCGCACGGUGCAAUACCACAGCAGAGCAAGAAUAGGUAUCAUAAGUAACAACAACAGAGACUGUUAUUCCACUGACUCAAGAAUUGGGUUUGGUACUGGUGGUAAUCCUCAUGGUGACAACACCUGUGGAAACGUGGCCCAGUGGUAUCAACCAGACAAUGGUAACAAAAACAUUAAAGCGAUGGGCUACAUCCUGGUGCAAUGA